GGCCCCAUCGGGUGCUGUUGACAUCCACCUGCCAUAGAUUUUAUUCCAUGUGGAACAGUCUGGGUCUCUGGAAGGGUGGCUCACCUGUGUCCCCCCAACUUUCGAAGGCUUCAUUUUGGAACCAGGGAGUCCCCCCCCCAUCUCUCUGUCGUUCCACUGCUGUCCCCUUUCUCUUUGUUCCCUCAUCCGUGUCCCCAUAUCCCCGUGUCUCCCUGCCCCCCCCCCCCCCCCGUGUCUGCCACCGCAUCUCCUCCAGCCUGCUUGGGCUACGGCCCAGCCGCCCUGCCUGGCCGUCCUCCCGGGCUCCCCCUCUGCGGCUCUGAGCUGGCCCCACCCCCUGCCCCCUCCCUCGGCUGGGCCUCUGAUCCGCCUGUGGACACAGAGGUCGGGCGCCCAGCACAAGGCCCCAGGACACAUCGCCGCCCCUUGGCACUCACAGAGGCCUCCCCACAGCCCUAGAGAAGGGCAUGGGGGUGGGCUGCCCCACCAGGUUCGGGGCGCCCGCCCCCCACUAGGACAAGUGGAGGGGGUGCCCCCGCCCAAUGGGCCUGGCCAGGGCCCUGCGCCGCCUUAGCGGCGCCCGGGAGCCCAGGGAGGGCCGCGCCGGCGAUGAGGAAGAAGAGGCCGGGCCGGGGCUGUGCCGCAACGGGUGGGCGCCGUCGCCGGUGGGGCGGCGCCGCGGGCGCUUCGUCAAGAAAGACGGGCACUGCAACGUGCGCUUCGUGAACCUGGGCGGCCAGGGCGCGCGCUACCUGAGCGACCUGUUCACCACGUGCGUGGACGUGCGCUGGCGCUGGAUGUGCCUGCUCUUCUCCUGCUCCUUCCUCGCCUCCUGGCUGCUCUUCGGCCUGGCCUUCUGGCUCAUAGCCUCGCUGCACGGCGACCUGGCCGCCCCGCCGCCGGCGGCUCCCUGCUUCUCGCAGGUGGCCAGCUUCCUGGCCGCCUUCCUCUUCGCGUUGGAGACGCAGACGUCCAUCGGCUACGGCGUGCGCAGCGUCACCGAGGAGUGCCCGGCCGCCGUGGCCGCCGUGGUGCUGCAGUGCAUCGCCGGCUGCGUGCUCGACGCCUUCGUCGUGGGCGCCGUCAUGGCCAAGAUGGCCAAGCCCAAGAAGCGCAACGAGACGCUCGUGUUCAGCGAGAACGCUGUCGUGGCGCUGCGCGACCGCCGCCUCUGCCUCAUGUGGCGCGUCGGUAACCUCCGUCGCAGCCACCUGGUUGAGGCGCACGUGCGGGCCCAGCUGCUGCAGCCCCGUGUGACCCCAGAGGGCGAGUACAUACCACUGGAUCACCAGGACGUGGACGUGGGCUUUGACGGCGGCACCGAUCGAAUCUUCCUCGUGUCUCCCAUCACCAUCGUGCACGAGAUUGACUCUGCCAGUCCUCUCUAUGAACUAGGACGUGCCGAGCUGGCCCGGGCUGACUUUGAGCUGGUGGUCAUUCUCGAGGGCAUGGUUGAGGCCACGGCCAUGACCACACAGUGUCGCUCCUCCUACCUCCCUGGUGAGCUGCUCUGGGGCCAUCGUUUUGAGCCAGUCCUCUUCCAGCGCGGCUCCCAGUAUGAGGUUGACUAUCGCCACUUCCACCGCACUUACGAGGUCCCAGGGACACCGGUCUGCAGCGCCAAGGAGUUGGAUGAACAGGCCGAACGGGCCUCCCACAGCCCCAAGUCCAGUUUCCCCGGCUCUCUGGCUGCGUUUUGUUAUGAGAAUGAACUUGCGCUGAGCUGCUGCCAGGAGGAAGAGGAGGAAGAGGAGGCCAAGGAGGGGGAUGGGGUGGAGGCAGAAGAUGGGACUGCCAGCCCCCAAGUACUAACACCAACCCCCGCACUGACCCUACCCCCGUGAUGCCAGCUGGUGUCCCCCUAUUUGUACCCCCUUCCCAGAAAUAGCAAGAUGGAGAGUUCAGGCCCUCUCCUGGGAUGGGAGCAGGUGUUUCCCAAGACCAACAAGCCUGCUGGGUAAAUUAUUAGCUGGUGAAGUUCUGCCAUGCGCAGUGGACCCACCACAGACAUACUGGAUCUUAAUCUCUCUGCAGUCCAUGCUCCUUCCUGAGACCCCUUUAUCAGCCUGAUUCCUGAGUCUCUCCAGAGCUUCAGGAUCCAGAAUUCCAGACCACCCAAGAGGCAAGGACUUGUGGUUCUAGAUUCUUCUACGUGGCUGGGUUGGGUUAUUGAGCAGGGUCAGGAAUCAGUGGUAUAUACUGCCUCCAGGUACAGCAACGAGAUUAAGAGUGUGUAGGUCUGGACUGACCUAAGAUUCAAGGGACUGUUGCUUCUUGCCUCAGCUAACCAAGUAGCAAAUCAUUUUUUUUCCUAGACCACGUAAGGAGGGAAGGUUAUGGAAUUCCCCAAGAAUUCAAGAUGAUCUUUAAUAACCAAUGACAAAGAUUGUUGAAGGCAGGUCAAGAAAAGAACUUGUGGUUUCAGAAGGCCCAAGAGUUAAGAUUCUGUGAAUCUGGAUUGGCCACAGAGGCAAGCACUGGUGGUUCUAGAACACGUUGAUUAGAAUGUUGAGCUACUGAGGAAGCUAAAGAGUCAUGUUUCUAGAAUGCACAAACAGUGUCUGUGGGUCUGGAAGCGCAACAGCGACAGCUUGGGAGUUCUUGAUAUUAGAUAACUCCAGGCCACUAGCCGUAGAACAUCAAACCAAGGGGUUUGGGUCCAUGGGUCCAGGGGAUAAUCAGUGCUUCUUUAUGACCCACAGUGGUUUUUUAAAAAAAGUGCCAUUCUAGAAUGUCCAAAGGAAUCAGGAUUCUGUGGCUCUAGAUUGAUCACAGAGUCAAGGAAGGAGAGGUGAUGCUAGAUGGCUGAGAUUGGCCGGUUCCAGUUUGCCCAGUGGAGUUGAGAAUCUCGAUGAUUCUUUGUGGUUCUGUAAUGCCAAAAGGAAUCAAGGCUCCAGGGAUCCAGGGCUGUCCAUUAUUAAAACCUGGAAGGUCUAAGCAGCACCUAGAACUUGGCAGUUCUGGGAGGGGGACUCGGGACUUGAUUGGCAGCAUUUCUGGGCUGACCCAGAAAGGGAGGGCCCACACAAGACCCUGUGGGUAACAGGGCUGGUCGUUGGGCAAGGGAAAGAGAGGCCCAAGGCUGAUGGGUCAAUGAUGCUCUGGAAUCCUACACCUAGCAAUGUGUGUCUAUUUCUUAAAGAUGUUACACAUAUGUGUAUUAUAUAUAUAAUAUAAAUACAGAUAUCUAUCUAUAUUUUCCUGUGGUUCGUACAAAAGGGUUAGA